AUGACUCUCUCCACCAUCCUCGCCGACAUCUCAGCAUCUCGUGCCUUUCGACCACAGAUGAACAGCACGAGCGACCGUCCCAUGUUUCCCCUUAGAAAAGCGGGCACCCCGAAGCAUUCGCGCCUCAUCUCGUUGCCAAAGGAGCUUCGAGACGUGAUCUACCAAUACCUCUUCACAUCUUCACCCUCAACUCUCAACCUACACUACUACCGCCCCUUACCACCAGAUCCGUUGCCGUCCUAUUUGCAACCCGACACCUCCAGGCUCCACCUCUGCGGCCGCUUCAGCCUGUCCAUCACUUCUGCCUCGCCUUUUCCACAGUACGAACGUAGCCACGACCGCUACGCCCUCCUCAGCUCCGGCACGCACGGUAUCACGCAGGCCUGCCGCAUGCUCCGCCACGAGACCUUAGCAUUGUUCCUGGCACACACCACCUUCGGCUGCACCGAUGAGCUCGCCAUGGCAGUCUUCACCACGCACUUUCCACCCACAUGGCGGCCGCACGUGCAAAGCGUGGCCGGCUGGUUCGGUCUUCACGCGACAGUGCUACCAACGGACCACGGCCAGUUCCCGGUCCUACGGCGCGUGGAGCUGCAGUGUCCGCGAGGUCUGGGGGACCGCGCUUUGCAGAGCUUGAGUUUGCUGCACGACGAGUCCCCGCCAGAGGAGGCAUCGUUGACUAUUGCAGUAGAAGAUUUCAAAAGCAUGAGUCAGAAGGAGCUGGAGGAAGCGGUGUUGGCGCCCGUGCGCAGCGUGUCGUUGAGGCAGGGCCAGGCGGGAGUCGUGGAUGCGUUCAUGCUGGUGAGAACGAUGCCAGGGCUGGAGUGGGUGGUCAAGAGAGAGUGCUUGGUCCACCAUCACAGGCGUGCAGUGGCCGGCGGACAGGGUCGUGAUUAUACAAUCAUCGAGAAUGUGAUGGUUGACGUGACGCUGGAGGCUAAGGGGCCCAUCUCUCGAGUCACGCGGCGCCUAAAGGUCGAGACAUUCAGGAGCGGCGGGCAGAAAGCGAAGAUGACGGAAGACAUUGUGGAACGCUGGGGCGUGGGUGAAUGGCGUUAG